AUGACUCGGACCCAGAGGACCUUCCUGCUCUUCCUGACAUAUCUGUUGGUCAUUGCGACCAAUGCACAUGCAGAAAACAAUCAAAUCAAGGUGCUGAGGGAAUUAAAAGAAGUUGAUGCCUCCAGUGCAAAUGUGAGGCAGUGUUUAUGGUUUUCCAUGGAAGAAUAUAACAAAGACAGUGAGGAUGAAUAUCUCUUCCAGGUGACCAAGGUAGUACAAGCCCAGCUACAGGUAACAGAUCACUUGGAUUACUCUAUUGAUGUUGAAGUUGCCCGCAGCAAUUGCAUAAAAGCUUCUACAAAUAAUGAAAGCUGUGGAAUUCAAGAAAAUUCUCAACUAGAAAAGAGAGCAGCUUGCAACUUUUUGGUCAGUGCUCUUCCCUGGAAUGGAGAAUUCAUCGUAGUGAAAAAGCAAUGUGUGGAGAUCUGA